AUGUUCUCUUACCUUCUCUUGGCCUACAUCGCUCAUCUCGACCAGUAUCAAUUGACAUUUCUGCCUCACAGAGACUCCCGAAUCCCAACACUGAUCCGCAAUGGCCUCCAAGAGAAGAAGCGCUCCUUCUUCGUCGUCGUCGGCGACCACGCCAAAGAUGCCAUCGUCCACCUCUACUACAUCAUGUCCAGCAUGGAGGUGAGGCACAACAAGCAGGUGCUCUGGGCCUACAAGAACAAGCUCCUCGGCUUCACCUCCCACCGAAAGAAGCGAGAGAACAAGAUCAAGAAGGAAAUCAAGCGCGGGAUAAGAGAGGCCAACUCCGAGGACCCAUUCGAGCUGUUCAUCUCUCUCAACGAUAUCCGAUAUGUCUACUACAAGGAGACCGAGAAGAUCCUCGGCAACACCUACGGCAUGUUGAUCCUCCAAGACUUCGAGGCCAUGACGCCGAAUAUUCUCGCCAGGACGAUCGAGACGGUCGAGGGUGGUGGUCUGGUUGUUUUGCUGCUCAAGGGGAUGAACUCCCUGAAGCAGCUCUACACCAUGUCUAUGGAUGUCCACUCGAGAUACAGGACCGAGGCGCACGAUGAUGUUGUGGCGAGGUUUAACGAGAGGUUUAUCCUUUCGCUCGGGAGCUGCGAUUCGUGCCUGGUCAUCGAUGACGAGUUGAACGUGUUGCCAAUUUCCGGAGGAAAGGGGGUGAAGGCGCUGCCACCGCCGGAGGAGGACGAGCCAUUGAGCAAGACGAAGUUGGAGCUGGAGAAGAUCAAGGAUUCGUUGCAGGAUACACAGCCGAUCGGGUCGCUUGUGAAGCUUGCGAAGACAACAGACCAAGCGAAGGCCCUGUUGACGUUCGUCGAUGCGAUUGCGGAAAAGACGCUCAGGAACACGGUCACGCUGACGGCUGCGCGUGGUCGCGGAAAGUCUGCGGCGAUGGGCGUUGCCAUUGCGGCGGCCGUGGCCUAUGGAUACAGCAAUAUCUUUAUCACUUCGCCAUCACCAGAAAACUUGAAGACACUGUUUGAGUUUGUGUUCAAGGGAUUCGACGCGCUUGAUUACAAGGACCACGCCGAUUACUCGAUCAUCCAGUCGACGAACCCAGAUUUCAACAAGGCGAUCGUCAGGGUCAACAUUCACAGAAAUCACCGUCAAACCAUUCAAUACUUCCGCCCUCAGGAUGCGCACGUUCUCGGACAGGCCGAGCUGGUGGUUAUCGAUGAGGCGGCUGCUAUUCCUCUUCCCCUUGUCAAGAAGCUCAUGGGCCCCUACCUGGUUUUCAUGGCCUCGACAGUCAGCGGUUACGAAGGUACCGGUCGGUCGCUUUCGCUCAAGCUGAUCAAGCAGCUCAGAGAACAGUCCAUGACUGGUGGCAACCCGAAUGGAUCUGGCACUGCCGAGGUAGACAGAGCAAGCGGAAAGACUGCCAAGGAAACUGCCGGUAUUGGCGGUCGCUCCCUCAAGGAGAUCACCCUCUCCGAACCCAUCCGUUACGCCCAGGGCGACAGCGUGGAAAAGUGGCUCAACACCCUUCUCUGCCUCGAUGCGACACUCCCCCGGUCAAAACUCAGCACCCAGGGCUGCCCCGACCCUUCUCAGUGCGAGCUCCUCCACGUCAACCGCGACACACUCUUCUCUUUUCACCCAGUCUCAGAGCGUUUCCUUCAGCAAAUGGUCGCGCUCUAUGUCGCUUCCCACUACAAGAACUCACCCAAUGAUCUUCAGCUCAUGUCUGAUGCGCCCGCCCACGAGCUUUUCGUGCUUACCGGACCCAUCUCGGAAGGGAGACUGCCAGAACCACUGUGCGUCAUCCAGGUGUCUCUGGAAGGUAAAAUCAGCAGACAGAGCAUCCUCAACAGCUUGGCCAGAGGGUCACAGCCAGCCGGUGAUUUGAUCCCCUGGCUGGUCUCCCAACAAUUCCAAGAUGACGAGUUCGCCUCUCUCUCCGGCGCCCGCGUUGUCCGUAUCGCCACCAACCCCGACUACGUCUCCAUGGGCUAUGGCUCCAAGGCUUUGGAGUUGUUGGUCAGCUACUACGAGGGCAAGUUCGCCAACCUGUCCGAGGAUGACGAUGUGACCAUGGCCCAAGCCGCCCCAAGAGUCACGCGUGCCGAGCUGGAGAGAGGCAGUCUGUUCGAUGACAUCAAAGUCAGAGACAUGUCUGAGCUCCCUCCCCUGUUGCCAAACUGGCAGAGAGGC